AUGAAGCGUUCAUCCGUGAUUGUCGUUCUGAUUCAAUGCAUUAUACUGCACAACUCAAACGCACUUGCGUUCAGCAGCGAAUCACUUCAACGAAACGAAGUGUCAAGUGCAAAAUAUUACACAAAAAAUUGCACACCAGAUGCGUCUGUCCUUUCGAAACUCAUCGAUGGCUCUCAGUACAACAAGCAUCGAAUACCAGGUUGCAUUCCUCCUUAUCAACUUGCCCAACUUCUUCUCUGCGGAACUAUUAGAAGCAUUCACAAUGACCAGGUCUCCAUCAAAACGAAGAGAUCAAAACUUGCGAACAUCUUGGAAGUGGAGCAAAUUGCGCUUCGAAACGAAACUCCAGACUCAACGAAGUUUCCAGUUCAAAUUGCGCGAUUCGCAUCGACGACUUAUUAUAUGCAAUUAAGCUGUGAUAAAGAAUCGAAUUUAACGUUGAACGAGGCGGUUUUGUCACGUCUGUGGACACCGAAUAGCUGUUUCGUGAAUUCAAAAAUAGCCGACAUUCACGACUCACCUUCACGCAAUAUUUACCUCACACUUUUCUCAAAUGGUACCGUUUGGGUGAACUAUAGGGUUCGAGUGAAAGGACCGUGCUCAAUGGAUUUAUCCAACUUCCCAAUGGACACGCAAACAUGCUUGCUGAUCUACGAAAGUUUCAACUACAAUAAUCAAGAAGUUCGUAUGCGAUGGAAUACAGAUCGUCCUGAUCCCGUCUAUAUGUUACGUCCAAUCAAUCUACCGGAUUUUGAUAUCCAAAAAAUUGACCCCGUUCUCGUCAGAGUGGUUUACGCAGCCGGAAUGUGGGAUGAACUUCAAGUGCGCUUCACGUUCAAGCGAAGAUAUGUGUGGUAUUUUCUGCAGUCAUAUGUGCCUACUUAUCUUACGAUAUUCAUCAGCUGGAUCGCAUUCUCACUGGGACCUAGCCCAAAGGCAAUACAAGCGAGGACAAUGCUUGGUGUGAAUGCGCUACUUGCAAUUAUCAUGCAGUUUGGCAGUACACUACGAAAACUGCCGAGAGUAUCUUAUGUGAAAGCAAUUGAUGUUUGGUUACUCGGUUCGAUGACAUUUAUUUUCUUGAGUCUGGUCGAAUUAGCGAUAGUGGGUUUGAUGAUGCGUAAUGACACGAGUAAACCCACAACACCUGCCACCGCAUCAUCAUCCAGUGCGACCAUACGCAAAUCAAGUGGAUGUUUUUUUUGUUCGGGCACUCACAAUGAUCCAAUACUGAUGGUACGACAUAUCGAUAGCUGUGCCAAGAUACUGUUUCCAGCUGUUUAUAGCUUAUUCAAUGUAUGUUUACUUCAUUUAUUCAAUUUUUUGUGA